ACUGGGGAGAAGCCCUAUGAAUGCCGUCAGUGUGGGAAACUCUUCACUGAAAGAUCAGUGCUUAUUAGGCAUCAGAGAAUCCACACAGGGGAGAGGCCCUAUGAAUGCAGUGUGUGUGGAAAACUCUUCACUCAAAGAUCAACCCUUAUUACCCAUCAGAGAAUCCACACACGGGAGAGGCCCUAUGAAUGCAGUGCGUGUGGAAAACUCUUCACUCAUAGAUCAACCCUUAUUACCCAUCAGAGAAUCCACACAGGGGAGAGGCCCUAUGAAUGCAGUGAGUGUGGAAAACUCUUCACUCAAAGAUCAGCCCUUAUUACGCAUCAGAGAAUCCACACAGGGAAGAGGCCGUAUGAAUGUAGUGAGUGCAGGAAAACCUUCAGUCAAUUCUCUCACCUUAUUACCCAUCAGAGAAUCCACACAGGGGAGAGGCCAUAUGAAUGUAGUGAGUGCAGGAAAACUUUCAGUCAACGCUCUCACCUUAUUACCCAUCAGAGAAUCCACACAAGAGAGAAAGCCUAUGAAUGCACAGAGUGCGGGAGAACCUUCAAUCACAGCUCACCCCUUAUUGGGCAUCAGAGAAUCCACACAAGCGAGAGGCUCUGCGAAUGCCAUCAGCAGGCCUGCACAACUCGUAAAGCGGCGAGGGCCACAUUACUCCAAAAAAAAACAGGCCCCCAUCGUAGCAUCUGA